AUACUACGUAAGCUAGAGGACAAUAGCUUGGCCCUCGUAAGUACGUACGCGGGUACUUAUACUAUUUCCGCCCUAUUUACUAUAACUAACGACGCUAAGCUACGAUUUAAAAUCGUAAAUACGUAUAUAUACGGCCUACGAGGUAUUUAUAAACUAUAUAUUAGUAUAUCCGGGUUAGCGCUCUUAAUAAGCUUUUUAAUUCGGAGGGUAUUAUUAAAUAGGAGCUUAUAA